AUGGGAAAUGCAAAUCCCACAAAAAAUUCUAAUGAUAUAAUUAGUCAAUCUUCUCGUUGUUCAAGUCAGUCAACAACAACACAUACAGAUGAUGAUCAAUAUGAAGUUAUAAAUCAAUUAUCAUCAAAUAAUAGUCAAACAUCUACGAAAAUAAAAGCAACAUCGAGUUCUGAAAUGGUUUCAUCAGUAACAUUACUUUAA